AUGGCUUCGGUCCAGCUGCAAGAGAACGUGCCACGCGCCCAGAUCGACCAUGUUGCACCUAGCGGGGUGGUGGCGGGCCAGGACGUCUCGACGAAAAAUCGCACCUGGAAGAGCUAUCUUUGGGAUACGUGGGACAAGACAGCAGAGGAGAGGCGAUUGUUGUUCAAGGUGGACAUCACGCUCGUGACAUUUGGCUGCUUGGGCACCUUUAUCAAGUUCCUCGAUCGGUCAAAUUUGAAUACGGCGUUCGUGUCAGGCAUGAAAGAGGACCUUUCUCUCUAUCAGAAUCAACUCAACUAUGCCAACAUCAUUGCUCUUGUGCCGACCAACCUGAUUCUCACGCGAACAAACCCGAGAUAUUUCAUCCCCUUUCUGGAAGUUGGAUGGACCAUAUGUACCUUCUGCCAGGCAAAAAUGACCAAAGCAGAACACAUGUACGUGAUCAGAGCAAUUCUGGCCAUCUUUGAAACAGGCCAUUACUCCGCCAUCAUGUUUCUUUGCGGCUCGUGGUAUCAAAAGGGCGAACUAGCUCGUCGCAUGAGCAUCGUCAACAUGGCAGCGCAGGCAGGCCCAAUGUUCUCUGCAUAUCUCCAGGCUGCGGCAUAUUCUGGCCUCAAUGGCGUCCAGGGCAUGGCCGGAUGGCAAUGGUUGUUCAUUAUUGACGGCAUCAUCUCCAUCGGGAUCAUCAUUCCGCAACUGUUUCUGCUACCAGAGGUUCCUUCCCGUCUGACGCCCAAUUUCAUGUUCUCGGAGCAGGAGAUCGAGUUGGCAAGAGACCGGAAGCCAAAGGAAGGUCGCGUCAGACAAGGGGCGUUUACUCGGGCUCAAAUAUGGAGAUGGUUCACCACACCCGAGAUCUGGAUUCUUUGGCUCAUCGCUGCGUCGCAAAACAUUGGAUAUUUGCCUAACCAGUCCAUGGCCUUCUGGUUCAAAGCGUGGAAUUCCAUCAAGAAGGGAUCCUUUACCGUGCAACAAAUCAACAACUAUACCACCCCCUUAUACGCCACUACAAUCACAGUCACCACCUUGAUGGCUUGGGCCAGUGAUACAAUCUGCAAAGGUCGCCGCUGGCCCAUGCUGCUCGUGGGCGCGACCGUCAACUUUGUGGUCUGUAUCCUUCUAGCCACCACGCCCGUGUUCCCCAAGAACCGAGCAUUCCGAUGGUUUCUCUACUAUCAGACUGGAUGGGGAGAAGCGUCGAAUUGGGCGGGAGACCCUGCCACGCGUGCCUUUGCAGGCGCUGGUCUGCAGGUAUGGUCACAAGUGUUUGCCGCAACCAUUCCUCUGGCCGUGUUCAAAACAGUCGACCAACCGGCCGUCAGAAAGGGUAACUUCACGGCCGCUGGGUUUUGGAUUGUCCAGAUCAUCUGCUCCCUCACUCUGGCGUACAUGCUGCACUCGAAGGCGAAACGGCGUCAAUCCGACCCGUUGGCGGGCCCUACUGCGCUCGAUGUCAGUCAGGCUGAAGACUCGGACGAUGCGCCUGACAAAGGAUUGAAGAGUCAGGUCAAAUCAGAUGUCACGGCGGUUUGA